AUGUCGAAAACUCGUUUCCAACCUCAGCCAGAGAGUCCCCCAGACUCGGGUGUCGAGUUGAUCUCCCCGACCGACUUGCAGUCUUCCAAGUCCUCGUUGCCCGAAUCUUGGGAGUUAACCGCGGUGAUUUCCGCAAAGAAAUACAAUCUCUCGUACGAGUCUCUCUUAAGAUUUGUCCUUGGCGAGCUCAAGAAGUGGACCCUGAAGGAGUCUGACUUAAGUCGGUCUGACUUGACUCGUGAGGUGGCGGUAUACUACUUCACAGAGAUACCUUCUGAGUUUAACCCUUCAGAGGCUGACUUUUCAAGGAUAACUUGGGACUCGAAGUUCGCAAUCCUUCGCGUUAAAAUGCCGACCGAAGGCCAUGACCUUGCACAAACGUGGAUCCAACAUUCGCUUUACCUUGAAUGGAUGGAAAGAACGAAAACGAUUUCACCUCACGAGGCUUCACUUCUCCAAGUCCAAGUCGGAACAACAUUAGAACUUCCGACUUCGCCAUUCACUAAGAGCAAGAAACAGCCGGAUUGCUUUCUUCGUCCUCUCGGCUCCUCAUCCUUGCCUCCAAUUGUCCUUGAAGUUGGCUGGUCUGAAAGCAGACCGCGGCUUAUAGAGGAUAUGGAGCUUCUUUUACAAGGAGGUGGGGGCCAGAUCCAGGUGGUUAUUCUCAUCAACUGGAGCCUACGACAAAACAAAACCAAGGUUGCUGGAACAGUGGAGCUUUGGAGACUCGGGCAGAAUGGUCAACCAUCCUUACAACAGUCUGAGUCCAUCUUCCCUAGUCCCAACACAUUACAACCACAGCACCUCGAAGUAACCUUCGGCGAGGUUUUCCAGUCCCAACUACUUCCCAGUCGAAACUCCUCUGACAAGUUAUACCUAGACAUCGACUUACUAAGUGAUAUUGCAGUUCAAACAUUCCAACCAUUACGACUAUCCCCUGCUCCCUAG